AUGCAGAUCUUCGUCAAGACCUUGACCGGCAAGACCAUCACCCUCGAGGUUGAGUCUUCCGACACUAUUGACAACGUCAAGUCCAAGAUUCAGGACAAGGAGGGCAUCCCCCCCGACCAGCAACGCUUGAUUUUCGCCGGCAAGCAGCUUGAGGACGGCCGCACUCUGUCUGAUUACAACAUUCAGAAGGAGUCCACUCUUCAUCUUGUUCUCCGCCUCCGUGGUGGUAUGCAAAUCUUCGUCAAGACCCUCACUGGCAAGACCAUCACCCUUGAGGUUGAGUCGUCCGAUACCAUCGACAAUGUUAAGUCGAAGAUUCAGGACAAGGAGGGCAUCCCUCCUGACCAGCAGCGCCUGAUCUUUGCUGGAAAGCAACUUGAAGACGGCCGAACCCUUGCCGACUACAACAUUCAAAAGGAAUCUACUCUUCAUCUCGUCCUCCGCCUCCGUGGUGGUAUGCAAAUCUUCGUCAAGACCCUUACUGGAAAGACCAUUACUCUGGAAGUCGAGUCAUCCGAUACCAUUGAUAAUGUGAAGAGCAAGAUCCAGGACAAGGAGGGUAUUCCUCCGGAUCAACAGCGACUCAUCUUCGCUGGCAAGCAACUUGAGGAUGGCCGAACUCUUUCCGACUACAACAUCCAGAAGGAAUCUACUCUCCACUUGGUUCUCCGUCUUCGUGGUGGCAUGCAGAUUUUCGUGAAGACACUCACUGGAAAGACCAUCACCCUUGAGGUCGAAUCCAGUGACACUAUCGACAACGUGAAGAGCAAGAUUCAGGACAAGGAGGGUAUCCCUCCUGAUCAGCAGCGUCUUAUCUUUGCUGGUAAGCAGCUGGAAGAUGGUCGCACCUUGAGCGACUACAACAUCCAGAAGGAGUCAACUCUUCACCUCGUUCUUCGACUUCGCGGCGGCCAGUAA